ACAUUGUGUUCAGAGAUAGUCAAGAUAUUAUGAACCCACUUGUUAAUCACAAGGGCAUCUUGGUGAAAACUCCCUUUAUAUAGCUGAUUGGAGAUCGAUAAUGACAGAUCCUAAAGGAGCAAUAUAUUGUACAGGCAUUUUAGUAUAACACAGGCUGUGUGGUUCAUUUGCUAUUUUGUAUCAUAAUAAUGAUAGUUUUUGGAAUAGAGAGGAUUCACGGAGAUGCGAGUGUUUUGAAGUAAUGUGAAACAUGCAGGAGCUCGGACAGACUGACUUGCUGCGUGGAAAUAAUUUGAUCCUGACUUGAUGAGCGUGAACAUUCCACAUCGUGCAUGAUAUCAUGCAAUAUUUAAUCAUGCCUAACUACAAACAAUCUAAGCUACUUCUUAUUGGGACAAUACUCCUCGUUGCGAUGGUAUCUUCUUAUUCCUUGAUAUCACCCAACCUGCUGAAAGAAAUCAUUAUUCAGAAGUCUUCUAAAGCAGAGCCCCCAAAGUCUAAUUUCACACCAAUCGCUGAAGUUGUGUCCAGAGGAAACGCUACCUUUCAUUCCGAGGUCAUUCAAGAUGCAUUCAUCCACUCACAGAAGGUCAUUCAAAAGGAGCGUCAAAAUAGGAUUAUAAACGUGUGUGAAAAAUAUCAUAUGACAUCACGAGAUGACGUAAUAAACAAACCUCCAUUUAAUAUCAUAGUUGACCACAAUCACAAAGUAAUAUUUUGCUUCGUUCCGAAGGUGGCGUGUACCAGUUGGAAAAGAAUAUUCCUCGUUCUUAAAGGGAUAAUCAGCGACACUGAUGAAAUAAAUCAACAUGAUAUCAAUCAUCAUGAACAGAAAAAUCUUGACUUUUUCUUCCGUCAGACGAGGCAGAUGAGAAGACAUAUUUUGGAAAGCUACACAAAGAUUAUGUUUGCAAGACACCCAAUGUCGCGUGUACUUUCUGCAUACACGAACAAACUCUCCCCGAAUUCGACGUUCAGUGGAGCCAAAGGAUGGCAAAGGGGGCUUGGAAAUAGGAUUUUGAAGCACUUUUAUCCCACUUCUACACAUAAGACGUAUGACCUUACAUUUGGAGAUUUUGUGAAGUAUCUUGGGGAAGAACAUGAAGGAGAUGGUGAUUCAAAAGGCAGAGACAACAAGCAUUGGAAAGAAAUAUAUAAGAUGUGUUCACCUUGCAGUAUCAACUAUGAUAUAAUUGGAAAGAUUGAAACGAUGAGCAGGGAUGUUGAAUUCGUUUUGAAAUCCCUCCAUAUCUCUGACAUGGUAAAAUUCCCUUCGUCGAGUGGUAGCAGCCCAACAAAUAGCUCAAGUCAUAUCAUUCCAUAUUACACAAAGAUACCAACUGAAGACGUCAUUAGGUUGUACGAACGUUAUCGGCUUGAUUUCGAGAUGUUUGGAUAUGAUAUACCAAACGAAAUACAAUUAAAAUGAAAUCACUAUUUAUUUCAAACUUUUUUAUAUGUUUUUUUUUAUUUUUAUAUAUAUAUAAAUGUAUUCUACGAUUUUCUAGGUCAGCUUUUAACUCUAAAGUAAAACGCAGACUUAAGAGGUCACCUGGCUACAGGCAUUAAUAUGACACCCUCCCGUGCAUUUGAAGGUGUUAUUGCACUGUGGGUUUUAUUACAUUUUUAGGUGUAACAACUCCUCCCUCAAAAAAGGAGAGAAUUACUAAUUUUUAACGUUACAGUGCGUGACGCGCGUAACAUCUGUAAAGUAUAAGGGCGUAUCGGGCAACGUACAUUUUUGGAAAUUUGUAUUCCUUUUUUAUUUAAGGGGGCGAUAGAAGGGUGAAAUAAUCAAGCAUGUCAAAUAAUUAUUGAAUAGGAUGUGAAUUUUAACAAAACGGGAAAAGGGAUCAUGAUCGCGGGUAAUUGCAGCAAUGCAGUUGAUCAGAUAUUCAAUACUGAAUAACUGCCAUUGUGGUUAUAAGAAAAAGAAGAUGUUUUCGUUGUCCGAACCACUUGUAAAAUUUUGAUGUAUUAGGAAGAGUGCAACAUUAUCUAAGUUUUAAGUGCAGAAUACCUAAGACAAUAUGAAAUCAAUUUUUAAGCCAGUAAUAAACAUUUUAUGAAGAACA